UACUCAGUUUGGAAACAUAAUCAAACCAAUAGUUAUUAGCCUUUCCUUUCAAAAGACAGAGAGAAAGAGAUCUAGAGAGAGAGAUGGAAAGAACAUCAUCUUCCUCUUCAAAGGAAGGAUACAACAGAGCAGCAUGGACUGCUCUUGAAGACAAAAUGCUAAUGGAUUACGUCUCCAUGCAUGGUGAAGGAAAAUGGGAUAGGGUUGCCAAAAAAAUAGGUCUAAGGAGAUGUGGAAAGUGCUGCAGGCUUCGUUGGUUGAAUUACCUGAAACCUGGAAUAAAGAGAGGGAACUUCUCAGAAGAUGAAGAAGAACUCAUUAUCAGGCUCCACAAGCUCUUAGGCAACAGAUGGUCUCUAAUAGCAGGAAGACUUCCAGGCAGAACAGAUAGCGAAAUAAAAAAUCACUGGAACGCUAAUUUAUCUAAGACGGCGAAAGUGUUGCAAUUCACCUUGCCUAAACUUGACAAGCAAAAACAACCUCCACCUUCAUUCACAGCAGAAACCCAGAAACAAGAUGUACUCAACUAGUUAAUGUGGCAUUGUAACCAUUACCAUAUCAGCAAAUGUUACAAGCUACGAAACUGAAAAAUCACCAUUGCAGCUGUGUGGGGAGGAAGAAUUUCAAAUGAUUGUAAUGUGGAAGAUUUUUUCAAGAUUAUUCAUUCAGAAUACUUUACAAACGCAAUGGUUCGAUUGUGUGAUUUUUUUUUCUAUUUUUUUUUUAUCACAAUGUAACUUAGCCUAUAUAUAUAUAUAAUGGAGGAAAAUAAUGUAUUCAGUCUGGGCAUUUACACAA